UCCCAGUAUAGUGACAGGCCAGUACCGAUUUGGGAUUCAUCCUCCCAGUAGUUCAUCCGCUUAGAACAGAAAACCCGCCAAACCCUCUAUCUCGAGGUGCAUACUGGGCUUUGUAGUUCGAACCGCGCAGUUAUUUUGGUACCUCGUAUUCAUUUAAACUACAACUCCCUUAGCGCCUUGUGGCUUCAGCUUGUCUCCACGUUGCGCAUUGAUUCUGUUCAGGAGAUUGGGAUUUCGCCUAUAAAGCUGCAUGCGGUGACAGUUUACACACGGAGCAAAAGAUCCCCCACGUCUGCUCAUUGCAUUGGGCAUUUUUAUAGUCUAUAGAAGAACGUGGCAUCUUUGUGAGAAAGAGGAAGAAGACAUUAGGGAUGGCGGGCGUGAGUGUGAUCCAGAUGUUCGGCAGGCGGGUGGCUUGGCGAAAGGGGUGUGAGUGGCACAAUCAUUCUCGUAAUGGGCAACGGAGGAUGGCAGUCUCGGGGCAGUCACCUUAUUGCAGCGCGGUGGAGUCUCCAGCAGUUCACCAUGCCGGGACCGGGAGAGCCCGCCGGAAGAUUCUCACCCUGCAGUCCAUGAACCCUCAAGUUCGGGCGGUAGAGUACGCGGUCCGCGGUCCCAUUGUACUGAAAGCUGGAGAAAUAGAAAAAGAGAUGCAAAAUGGAGUCAAAAAACCAUUUGACGAGGUGAUCAAAGCGAAUAUCGGAGAUGCUCAUGCAAUGGGACAGCAACCAAUUACAUUUCUAAGACAGGUGGUAGCUCUGUGCACCUAUCCAGAUCUUUUGGAUAAUCCAAGUUUCCCCAAGGAUGCAAAGAGAAGAGCAAGGCGUAUUUUGGACUCCUGUAGCGGACAGAGUUUGGGUUCAUACAGUGCAAGCCAGGGAGUGAACUGUAUUCGAGAAGAUGUUGCCAGAUACAUAGAGAAACGGGAUGAAGGUGUUCCUGCACACCCAGAUAAUAUUUACCUAACCACUGGAGCAAGUGAUGGAAUAUCUAGUAUUCUGAAGAUCCUUGUGUCAGGAGAGGGGCAAUCAAGAACUGGAGUUAUGAUUCCAAUCCCACAAUACCCCUUGUACUCUGCUGCUAUCUCUGAGCUGAAUGCCAUCCAGGUUAAUUACUAUCUUGAUGAAGAAAAUUGUUGGGCACUGGAUGUUAAUGAGCUACGAAGAGCUUUUUACCAUGCCAAGGAAUACUGCAAUCCUAAGGUGCUUUGUAUCAUCAAUCCUGGAAACCCAACAGGUCAAGUGCAGAAUAAACAUUGCAUUGAAGAGGUGAUCCAUUUUGCCUUGGAGGAGGGGCUGUUUCUUCUUGCGGAUGAGGUCUAUCAGGAUAAUAUAUACUCCAAAAAUUGCCAGUUUCACUCUUUCAAGAAAGUUCUGUAUGAAAUGGGACCAGAAUAUUUUAACAAUGUGGAGCUUGCCUCUUUCCACUCAACCUCAAAGGGAUAUAUGGGAGAGUGUGGCUACAGAGGAGGCUAUAUGGAGGUGGUGAACCUGCACCCAGAUGUUACAGCGCAGCUGCUGAAAUUGCUUUCUGUUCGCCUGUGUCCUCCAGUGUCGGGCCAGGCAGCUAUGGAUGUUGUAGUGAACCCACCACAACCUGGGGAAGAAUCAUAUGAACAGUUCAUAAAAGAAAAGGACAUUAUUCUGAGUAAUCUUACAGUGAAGGCUAAACUGACAGAAGAAUUGCUUAACCAAGUGCCAGGCAUUCAGUGCAAUCCACUGCAGGGAGCCAUGUAUGCCUUUCCAAGAAUCUUCAUUCCAGAUAAAGCAAUUGAAAAGGCUAAGGAACACCAAAUGGCUCCAGACAUGUAUUACUGUAUGCGCCUAUUGGAAGAAACUGGCAUUUGUGUUGUCCCAGGCAGUGGAUUUGGCCAGAAAGAGGGAACCCAUCAUUUUAGAAUGACCAUACUUCCUACUGAAGAAAAACUGAAGAUUCUGUUGCAAAAAGUCAAAGACUUCCAUAUACAGUUCCUUGAAGACUAUGCAUGAGGUGCUGCAGUGACAUUAUACUAACAAAUGUGAAUUAGACUGAAAACAUUGGCAGUCUGGUGCUGCAAAAAAACAUAGGUGCUGCUGGUUGUGGGCUUUUUUAAAGAGGGCUUAAUAUUAUUACUCUACCGGCUGGCCAGGAAUAUAUGUCUGAUACAGGACAACUAUUUGGCAGAAGAAGAAAUAUACUUAGAAUACCAAGUCUCAUUUAAAUCAUACUGUUCUAAAAAUGCUACUUUCAGGAGUGCUAAAAGCUGUGUUGGCCCAUAUUGGGUAUAUAUAAGUUCGCUGCGGAGUCCAUACAUAAAUCUUUGACUCCGACUCCUCAGUGUAUGGUUCCUCCAAUUCAGACUCCUCUGUUUUAAAAGAAACCGAAACACCAAAGUAAUUAAAACAUAAUGUACUGUUGCUCUGCACUGGUAAAACUGGCAUUUGCUUCACAAAUAUAGUUUAUAUAAACAAGCUGCUGUGUAGCUAUUCAAGCUGAAAAAAGAGGCACAGGUUACAUACAGUAGCAGAACAGAUAAAAACUCCAUUGUAUUGGACAGGGCUUAUAGUGUUAUGUGCUAUGUAAACUGUGCCUUUUCUCAUGUUUUUCCCUGCUUGGAUGGCUGCCCCCAUGGCUACAGUAAAAAAUUCACGGAUCCGCACACACACUAUUUAUCUGCAGUCGGGGACGUGACCCCUCUUUAUUAAUUUUUCACCACAAAGAAAAGUUUCAGGGGGUUUCAACCUCCCUUCAUCAGGAUAAAAUCUCAAGUAUCGCACACACCUUUACGUGCAAAGCCCCACCUUUUUCUCCCAUGAUUCAAUACUUUACCAUACACCUUUUCUUAUUCACCCCCUUAAACAUAUCAAUUCUUCAGUUCCACCCCAUUGCAAAAAGUCCAUUGCAUAUAAAAAGUCCUUCAUAGUUCAAAGUACACAUUCAUAAUAAAAACCUUUUAUAAUGGUUCCUAAUAAAUAGUAAAAUACAUUAAAGUGCAUUUAGCCAUAUAAAUAAUGCAAUGUAUUAAAUGCAUUAACCAUACAAAGGACAUUUAUAACCAUUACUCACUACCAGUGAAUUUUUAACCACCACUCGGUUUCAUAGUUAACCCAUGGAUAUUUCUCAUCUGUAAAAAACAGGAAGAUAGAAAAGUUUAGGGAUCACAAUCCACUUAAAACCAUGCCAUUACAAAAAAACAUGUUAAACUAAAAUUCUCAUUGAGGCCCUUUGGAGAAAGCAUUUUGAGUUGCCAAAUCCAAAAAGCAUCACAACUUUUUUAUAUCAUUCCCAAUGGUUUUAAAUAUGGGGGUAUUUUACUAUUUAUUAGGAACCAUUAUAAAAGGUUUUUAUUAUGAAUGUGCACUUUGAACUACGAAGGACUUUUUAUAUACAAUGGACUUUUUGCAAUGGGGUGGAACUGAAGAAUUGAUAUGUUUAAGGGGGUGAAUAACAAAAGGUGUAUGGUAAAGUAUUGAAUCAUGGGAGAAAAAGAUGAGGCUUUGCACAUAAAGGUGUGUGCGACACUUGAGAUUUUAUCCUGAUAAAGGGAGGUUGAAACCCCUGAAACGUUGAUCUUUGUGGUGAAAAAUUAAUAAAAAGAGGGGACACGUCCCCAACUGCAGAUAAAUAGAGUGUGUGCCGAUCCGUGAAUUUUCUACUGUUGCUAAGGGACCUUGCUGGGCUUUUACCACUGGAAAUACUGUAGGGGUUGAGCACACUGCAGUACAUAUAGCUCUUCAAAGUAGUUUAAAGAGCCACAUUUCUAUGCCAAAGAGAGUGGCUUUAGGGGUUCAACUGUAGCAUACAUUAUACAUCUUGCAAUGCUAACUUUAGGGGAUACCAGAAAAGUAUUCUGAAAUGGAAUGCCCUGCCUAUUUUUUAAAUGCAAUUCCAAAUAGUCUCCGCUGUAGUAUUCUGCAUCUUUUCAGUUAAUGAACUUUUUUUAUUACAGUUUUUUAGUUGAUUGUACUUUAUCAGCUGUGUAUUGAUAUUUUAGAGGAUUAUUUUAUAUUCAACCCUUUUAAUAACUUCAUUUAAUACCCCUUUAAUAACAUUAGUCAUCCCACACACACACCAGAUACCUCUUUAUUUUAGUGCGUAACAUCUUGUAAAAUAGUUUGUGUAUUAUGUACACUGUACAGUGUGUGCCUUUAGCAAAAACAUUUUUGGGGAACUUUUUUUAUGCCCUGCAGUCCAUUUUGAUGGCAAAACAAAGGCAAAGUUUGUAUGAAUAUAUAGGCAAGAUGGUAAAAAUAUAUGGCAAGGAGUGUUCAAAUAACCCUGCUGGAAGUUGGAGGAUUUGCAUUAGCUGUACAUGGCGAGGCCCAUUUAUCAAAGGUCGAAUUUGAAUUCAUGUGAAUUAUUUUUUUUUUUUUAUAAGAAUAAAUUAGAAUAUACUCACAAUUCGACUGGGAGGCUAUUUAAGAAAAAAAUGUGAACGUCUAAAACCUGAACGAAUAUUACAGACCCGAAUCAAAUUCGACUUAACUCGAAUCGUGUUUUUUCUCUGAAAAAAAAAAACUUGAAUGUCAAGAAGGCUAUUAACAUCUUAAAAUGGGUCACUGGACCUCUGCCAUUGACUUAUACAUAAACUCGACAGGUUUUAGGUGGCGAAUAUUCGAAUUCGAAUUGUUCCCAGGGUCCAGGUAUAAUAAAUAUCAUAUCGAGAAUUUGUGAGUUUUGACCAAACAUCCAACUCGAAAAUUCGAAUUCCCAGUUUGAACCUUGAUAAAUCUGCUCCUAGGUGUUCUUGAAAUGCUGAAGUGCACUGAACAGGGAUUCUAGCUGCUGGAUUAACUAAUUUAUUAUGCCUUACAUGUAUAUAUUACCAACUAUUGUAGUUAUCCUUAAUUGUCCUGCUUUUUCUCCUUUAAUUGCAUACUAUCGUGUCUAUAGAAUCCUUCAGAUUCCUGAUCCUUAAAGCUCUGUUCCCUCUGUUACAUGGAAUUACUGUUACACUUUUAUCUCUGGACUCAUUUAGAACACCUAAGUGCAUUACCUAAGUGCAUUACUUAAAAUGGUUAUGGACCACAAUGUAGUGGAGCCCUGCAGGCUUUAUACUGCCACGGCCGCAACAGGAUGUGGUGCAAAUUUCAUACAGUGGUAUUGUGGCCAUGAAACGAAUAUUUGUGCGUAUUGAAACGCAAUCUUUCUGUAUCUACUGUAGUGAUUAAGCAGCAGGUAACCCCUGGUUUGAUUGCUAUUCUAUUUUAUUUUAUACUGACUUUUCAUAGACCUAGGCAGCUGACAAGUUGUAGUGCUGCUCAACAAUGUGCCACAACUGGUCUUCUCAUUUGUAUUCUAUAAGAUAAAAUGUUAAUGUUUAAAUGUUACAAUUCAUAAAUAUAACUAUGGGGCAUAUUUACAAAACUUCAAGUUGGUGGAACCUAAAGGAUUUCUACAGUUACAAGUUUAGCACAUAUCCAAAACACACCAGUCCUGGGUAGUAUUUGAGUGAGCACCACCAUCUUGUCGACUCACCCAGGGAUCCUUGUGGCUGGGCUUUGCAGUAGAGUAAAACUGAAACUUGGAUGCUAAAAGCAGAACCUUUCCUCUGAUAUGCAUGUCUUCAGCUCAGGAAACCGCAUCACAGGAAUAUGAAAUAGGAUAGCAUAGUGGCACUCACUAUGUACCCUGGGCCAGUGCAUUUUUUUGGCACCAGCCUGUGGUCUGAGGUUAGCAAUUAUAAUCACUUGGGAAUUCCUAACAAAUUGACAUCCCCCCACUAAUUAAGCUUUUCCUUGUCUUUUAAAGGAGAAGGAAAGUUAUAACCAAGGGGGGAUGCAAAAAUGUUAUGUACCCCCCAGUGAUUAUUAUUUGUAACACCCCAAUCUGGUGGUCCUGUUUGCACCUGCCCUGGGUACUUUUGUAGUAGCAAUGCUUAAUUUCACAAGGGCCUUCUUUUUUUUCAUUUGGUUUGAUUCAUAUCAGUUAGAACUUAUAAUUUCUUUAAUGAAGUCAUCUUGUCUUUAGGAAGUGGCCAGAUUAUUGGUAAAAUGAUGGCAUGUCUGGCCAUACAACCCAUGUAUGUUUUUAAACAGAUAAUUGAUAUGUAUUAAAGUCCCUGUAACCUCAUUCCACACCUGCCUGGCCAUAGCAGAUGCAUAUUAAAUGCAGCGGCUACAGAGCAUCGUUCUGCCCACAUUGUAUUAGUGGAAGCUCUCUUGCACAUGGAUAUUGACUAAAAUGUUACAUGUAUUACCAUCGAUAAGAAUUGACCUAUCCAUAGUAUCCAGAAGGCACCAUAAGCUAGAAAACAACAAGAAAAAAAGAGCUUAUAUUAAUGCUUGAACUAAUUAUAUAUUUGCAAAGUAAAUACCUUUUUAAAAGAGAAUGUCUGUCUAUAAAUAAAAAGGCCUUACUUUAGAAAAGAUUGUGUUACUUAAUUAUUUUGUUCUUUGUAGGUCUACAAGAUAGUGGAAAUACACAUUACCUCUUUCUACGUCUAUACAACCUAUUCAUGAGACCAUGCUUUUGUCUCAGAUAUACCACAUUUUUCACUGUUUUAUGUGUUUUAGUAGAGUUUGCGUCUUUUGUCUGAAUUCCUUUUACAUAUUCAGUGUCGACUGGGAUCUCAGGGGCCCACCAGAGAACCUUAGACCGUGGCCCCACUUUUCGAACUCUUUUUCCUCCUCUCCUUACUCAACCUCUUUAUUCUACUAGUCUUUUAUACCUACUUAUUAUACUCUAUUCUUCCAUUAUUAAGCCUCUUUUUUUCAAUAAAGAAAUAGGGAAUGACCAUGAAAUAAGCUAAAGCAAGAGGCCCACUUACACCUGGGUCCACCAGGAGUUUUGCUGGUAUCCCGGUUGGCCAGUCCGACACUGUACAUAUCACAGGGAUAUGGAAAAAUAGUAGUUUCGGUGGAACUUGCCAAUCAAAUCUUGAUGCACAAUGUAGCUACGUAUACAGAAAAUUUCCUGUUUGGCAGUUGUGCUGAAUUCUGUUACAAUAGAGCUCUACUGGGCAUUUCCAAUCGCACACAAUUUACACAGCCAAUGUACUUGAAAAGGAACUUGGCACUCCGCCUAUUAUAAAUACAAUAGUGAGCACAGCAAUGCACAGCAAAGGUAUAAUUUCAGCGUUGGUGAUUGUAUGACUCAUUUUACUUUCAUGCUGAAGUGAAUUAUAGAUUAAGUCUAUAAUUUAUUGCCAAAGAAAAUGUAUAACACUGAAUAUGAUCUCAAAAAUAUAGGGGAGAAAAUACAAGCAAACUGCAGGUGCAGAAAUGACAAUGUUUGUGAAGGUUCUCAUUUAUCCAGGUCAUGGUAUAUCUGUAGUAAUAAGUAAAAUCAACUGGACUUGCUGUGUUUUUCUUGAAGAUGUUUCACCAGUUUUCCAAUUGGCUUUCUCAAUUCUGAAUUCAGAAAGCCAGCUAGAUGACUGGUGAAAUGUCUUCAGGAAAAAAAAACAAAGUCCAGUUGAUUUGACCAAUUCCAAUUCUUUCUGCCUUAAUUCCAAGCCCUAGUUACCCCUUGUAGUCUGCUGGUUGUAUGAUUUGUGCUAACUGUACACAAGAAAAGUGUAUAAUAACAUAUGUAACUCUGAAUCUGCAUAGAAAUCUUUCUAUUCUGUCUGCAGAUGGAGCCCACAUUGAGAGACUCUAUAACUAUGUACAGUUUGAACGGUUAGCGUUUAAAGAUUAAACUAUUCUAAACAAUG